AUGUCUACUACUACGCUCAGACCCUUGUACGACAGACGAUCAAGAAGCAAAGUCAUCAUCAUCAUCACCAGUAGUUUGUCCAGUAAUAGCACGUCUAUUCCAGACAUAAGAAUCACGGUUGACGACGUAUAUGCAGCUGUACCUCUACGGGCUCUACCAGAAUUGAGCUCACCGGCACACGAUAUUGUCAGUCUUUAUGAGGAAGAUAUUUGCAACUUCUCAAGUAACUCGACAGUCGUUCGCGAUUACGCCCUUAAGACCUUUCGCACGAUCGACCUUGCAGAGUCUAUGCCUACAGCCACCCAAAGCCGAUACCAACGUUACAGUCAACUGCACUCGAGUGGAAACAAAUAUGGCGUCUUGAAGGAGCGCAUCAUCUCGCGCACGCCGCCUAUGUUGCCUAUCAAUCCGAAUGAUCAUACUCAAAUUGUGUCGCUACCAGAAAGACUUCGAGUGCGACUUGCAGCAAUUCCCAAAGCUGACAAGCAAAAACUCGAGCCCGGCGAAAGUAGCGACCUGUUUAUUGUCACUGGUGCGCUUUUAGAGAGACUACAGAGAUCUGAUAUAGACGAACCCACGGUUAGUCACCUAUGGGAGUUGGAUACAUUAGAAAAAAGAUUGGGCAGCAGCUAUUGCUCAGCGUUCAUUCCAUCAUGCGAAAAUACUGAAUUUGCAUUCGAAGCACAUUUGCAAUAUAUCAUCGCACAAUUCGACCGGACGACUGAUGAGCUUCAAGGGUUUGUUGUGAUGCAUGACAUGGGAGGUUUAGACGCAUAUAACGAAACACUGAAAGACGAUAUGCGGCAUUGA